AAAGGACAUGCCGAAGUUGCGGUGGGGGAUGGGUAAAAUGUGUACAAGCAGCGCUGUGGUUGGGCAGGAAAAAUAUUCAAAGAAACAACACGAAUUCCCAUUGGUCAAUGUUCGCUCGCGAGGAGUCCCGGAGCUUUUACGAGCCUGAAGGGCUUUAUUGUUUCUCUCCGUCUUCAACCGAAAUUGUUUCCGAGCUCCUCAGUUCCUCAACCAAAUAACAAAACGCUGAAAUGGCUGGCGGUAAGGCAGGAAAAGACAGUGGUAAGGCCAAGGCGAAAGCUGUGUCACGCUCCCAGAGAGCUGGACUGCAGUUUCCAGUGGGGCGUAUCCACAGGCACUUAAAGACCCGCACUACCAGCCACGGACGUGUCGGAGCCACAGCGGCUGUAUAUAGUGCUGCCAUCCUUGAGUAUCUCACCGCUGAGGUACUAGAGUUGGCGGGUAAUGCCUCUAAAGAUCUGAAGGUGAAGCGUAUCACUCCCCGCCACUUGCAGCUCGCUAUCCGUGGAGACGAGGAGUUGGACUCCCUCAUCAAGGCCACCAUAGCUGGAGGCGGUGUGAUCCCCCACAUCCACAAGUCCCUGAUCGGGAAGAAGGGCCAGCAGAAGACUGCAUAGAGUAGACAGACGCCAUCUUGUUGAUCGGAACUGUGGAGGCGUGUGUUCGGACUGGACUCUGUUCGACGACGUGUGUUUGGACUAACCUGACCAACAGGACUUCACAUUGAUCAUUUUUAUAUUACUAUUGGCUAACGAUGAGUGAUUGGUAGUUUUUUCUUCUUCUCGUUAGUGUAAUAUUUCCCAUAAUUAGAGAAGGAUAAAAUAUGUAUGUUAUUUUUGGACAGGGGAAAUCAUACUUUUCCCCCGAUUUUCACAGUUGACUUGUUUGAUUGGCAGGGCUUCAAAUGUUUUGUACUGAAAAAUGGAACUGUUAAAACCCAUUUUUUUUAUAAAAACAAAGCUGUCGUUUGUGGUUAUUAACAAAUUUUCAUCGUUACUUUCCGUCUGUCUAUACCAUAUUGGUUUGUAAAAGAAAAUAUUUGUCAUGCACAGUGCCUUCGAAGUAUUCAACCCCUUGACUUACUCCACAAUUUUUAUUUUUUUUUUUUUUAAUCAGCCUGAUUUCAGAAUGGUUCGAAUAUUUCUCAACCAUCUCUGUGCAAAUACCUCGGUGACAUAAUGAAAGCAUGUUAUUUUAGGUUUUAGUAACAUUGAAAAUGAAAGAUCUCAUUUACUGAGAUCAAUACUUUGUAGAAGCCAAGCGCCUUUGGUAGUUAAUACAACUUUCAGUCAGGUAUGUGUCAAAUUUGCAAAUCUGGAUUUUUUCAUUUUUUUCAAAGCUCUUAAAUUAUACUGACCAGAAAUAUAAACAUCAUGUAACGUGUUGGUCCCAUGUUUCAUGAGCUAUAAUAAAAAAUCAUAGAAAUGUCAAA